AUGAAUCUUGCCAAAAACGGCCGCUCAACCAGAUCAUUUAUCAAUGAGGGUCUGUGGAGUGAUUUGCUCUCGAAGACAGCCCCAGGAGACUUCGUAGUUAUCGAGAUGGGCCACAACGACGACCAAGAUCCCACUGUAAAUGAUCGAGGCACCCUCCCAGGUACUGGUGAGAACACUGUCACUGUUACCACUACUGCAGGCAAAACAGAAGUCGUUCACACAUUUGGCUGGUAUCUUCGCAAGAUGAUCGCUGAUGUCAAAGCCAAGGAAGCCACGCCCAUUAUUUCUGGUCUGGUUACCCGUAAUUAUUGGAAUGGGAAUACGUUACAAUCCGCCUGGCCCUUUGCGGAUUACGCUGAGACUGUGGCCAAGGCUGCGGGCGUCGAAUACAUCGACCAUACAAAGUAUUCCGUCGCUUUGUUCCAGGCUAUGGGCCCCACCAAGGCUAAGACUUACUACCCCAACGACCACACGCACACCAAUUGGGAUGGUGCUAAGUUAAAUGCCCAAGACUUCAUCCAAGCUAUCAAAUACAAGUGUGGCGGGACUAGCGUGCUCAAGAAAUACAUCAACUCGGCCGGUAAUGCUGUCAAAAGUCCUCCUCAACAAGCCUGCUAG